AUGACUGUAACAUAUUCAGCCGAUGUUAGCACUGUUCAAUUGACAACUUUUGGCAAAUUAAUGUUUAGAUGGCGUGGCAGCAUAUGGAAGGCAAUUUACAAGGAACUCGCAUUAUGGAUGAUUGCAUAUGCUUGUCUUUCAAUGUUAUAUUACGUUCUACUUUCAGAUGCUUACAAACGUGUUUUUGAAGAUAUGCGCCAUUUAUUUGCAAAAUAUACUGAUGUUAUACCGAUAACAUUCAUGCUUGGAUUUUUUAUUAAUGUCGUUGUGAACAGAUUCUGGCUUCUGCUUAGAAAUAUCGGCUGGAUAGAUGCGUCAGCUCUCUACCUGUGCAAUUAUAUAUCAGGACAAGAUGAUCAUGCUCGACUAUUACGGCGUAAUAUAAUUCGUUAUUUACUUUGCCAUCAGAUACUUGUAUAUCGUGAUAUUAGUGAAGUGAUUCGUCGCAGAUUUCCAACGUUGGAAACAUUAGUUGUGGCUGGUAAACUUCGGAACUGUUACAUAACAGAAAUGGAACUUUUACAGUUCAAUGCAGUAGAAUCGAAAAAUCGCAAAUACUGGGUGCCAAUUAAUUGGGCAAUGGGAGUAGCUCGUAGAGCACGCAAGGAAAGACGUGUUGAUAGUCCACAAGCACUACAAGAAAUCUUUAAUAAAAUCAAUGAUUUUCGAUCAGACUUAGCGCAAUUAAUAGUACAUGAUUGGGUGCCCAUUCCACUGGCAUAUUCGCAAGUAAUGAGUUUCAUCGUUCGAUUAUAUUUCUUCCUUGCACUGAUGGGACAUCAAAAUAUUGCUCCUUCGCCAGACUCAACUUAUGUUGAUACGAUCAAUAUGCACAUACCAUUUGUGUCAAUGUGUCAGUUCAUCUUCUAUAUGGGUUGGAUGAAAGUUGCAGAAGUCUUAAUGAAUCCUUUUGGAGAUGAUGAUGAUGAUCUCGAAAUUAAUUGGCUAAUCGAUCGUAAUCUGCAAGUUGGUAUGACAAUAGCAGAUGAAACAUGGGAGCCGCCAUUAAUUAAGGAUCAGAAUUGGAUGAUGAAAAUGGCAGAACCAAUGUACAGCAUUGAUGCGGUGAAAGGACGAUAUAAUCCACAGAUUGGAUCAGUUUCAAAUAUUAAUCGACGGAGAACAAGCACACAAAUGGUGAUGAAAGAAAUGAAAGACGAAAAUUUGGAUAGCGAUUUCUCUAGUACUGAAUUUGGUGGUGGAAGGCAUCUUAAUUCAUUUUUUUUAAGAGCAUCCACACUAAGUAAUGCAGUUAAUGGUAUUAGAGAUGCUUUGAAACGCCGUUUAUCACGUCUGACUUCAAGAGUAGAAUCUAUCACUGAUGCUGAAUCGCCCGCUUGGGAUGAGUCAAAUGACGCUACAGGCAAUAUUCUGAAUUCUUUUCGCAGAUUAGAAGAAUAUAGCUCAAAUCCACAACGUGAACGACGUGAACUGCACGUUCUUCCUGAAGAAGAGGAAAGUCACAAGUCAUGUCAAUUACGGUGUUGUAUUCUGAGACAUUCGGUAAUAAGAGAAAAUGAAAGUGAGAGUAGCGAGGAAGAAAGUAGAAAAGUGCAAAGAAAAGGUCGGAAAUUAAGGAAGAAAAUAUCCAAAUUAGACGACAGCAAGAAUGAAAUUGCAAAUAACUCAUUGAAUCCAUGUCGAACAAGUCAUGAAGGAGAUGAUGAGCAUGAAAGUGGAGUAGAGGAUGAACUUUCAACGGCAGCAGUUCGAAGACCAAGAAUAGAAAAUAUGCAAAGACCAUUAAAGUCUUCUGAAACUGAUAAGAAUUUAUCGUAA